AUGCCUCGCGGUACUGCGAAGGGCGGUGCGAAAGCACCCGCCAAGGCUGCUUCCCGAAAGGCGCACGCCAAGAGCUCUAAGCGUCACAGCAAAGGCUCGGCACUCAAGGAGUCUACUAAGGUAGUCUCCGAGGUGGUUGAUGCCUCGGAUGACGCGGCUGCGAGCAAGCGGCGAAGCUCACGCCGCAGUCGGUCGCCCUCAAUGUCCCCAGUCGACCAUCCGAACCCACGGUUCGCGUGUCGUGAGCACAGUCCUGGCUGUAAGGAUGAGGCCAAGGCCCGGAGCUUUCGCAGUGUGUCUGGAGCUCCGUGGGAGGGCACACUCCAGUGCUCAGCGAGCGCAGCGUUGACAGCCUGCACUCGCUCGCUAGUGAUCACGUUGAUCACAGUUUAA